AUGUGUUCUGUGUCCAGGUAUCUUCUUGAGGUGAUGGGCGACGGCCUGGCCAGCCAGAUCAACAACCCAGAAGUGGACAUCGACAUCACCAAGCCAGACAUGACUAUCCGCCAGCAGAUCAUGCAGCUGAAGAUCACGACCAACCGGCUGAGGAACGCCCUCAACGGCAACGACGUGGACUUCCAGGAUGCCAGUGAGUGACGGGCGGGGGAGGAGGGCUUAGUGAGGAGGGAGGAAGGGCUGAGAGUGUAGUAAACAGGGUUAGAGUAUGGGGUAUUGGUUUUGGGGUUUGGGGGUAUUGGAUAUGCAGGUUAGAGUCGGUAGUGUAUCAGAAACAUAUUGAACUGCUUUGUCUCACUAAUAUCCUAAUUUCAAUUAACCAAUGCCUUUCCCUUGUCUCCAGGUGAUGACGUUAGUGGUUCAGGAAGUGGAAUGUGUACAGGCGAAUCGUGUGCCCGUAGUGGAUCUCAUGUCAUUGUGCCCAAAACAGACAGCACCAGAUACUACAAUCAUCCUGAGAACAAGAAGGUGAAGGGCACAGGAACCCAGACACACCCCUCCAUCCGCCUCCUCCUGUUCUCAUUGGCCACACUGCUGCUCAGGCGAUAA